AAAUAAAAAAUCUUACUAAUCUGUAUUUCACUUCUUCCGGUGACCCGGUGACCGAUCCCGGACAUCUCUACGCGUCAAACUUAUCCGAAAACACACACACACACACACUUACAAACACAUACACAGACAUACAAACCCACCUUUAAUUUCUCCCAAUUUUGUACAGUUAUUAAUUUGGGAAUUCUAGGGUUUCUUUACAAUUUUUUAUAUAAUUUUUAUAAAAAAAAAUAAAUAAUAAUAAUGGGUCGUUCACGAGCUAAAAAUGAAUCAGUUGAAGAAGAUUCUAGUCAAAGUCGCUCAAAGAGAAAGCGAACUCCCUCAAAUUUGGAGAAUUUAGAGGCUGCAACUUCAGGCCAAGGGAUGACUGAAGGGAAAAAAGCUUUGUACCAUUGUAACUACUGCAACAAGGACAUCUCAGGAAAAAUUCGCAUCAAGUGUGCUUGCUGUUCCGAUUUUGACCUUUGUGUGGAGUGUUUUUCUGUUGGAGCUGAGGUUUAUCCUCAUAAAAGCAAUCAUCCAUAUAGGGUUAUGGAUAAUCUAUCAUUUCCGCUCUUCUGUUCUGAUUGGAACGCAGAUGAGGAGAUAUUGCUACUUGAGGGGAUAGAAAUGUAUGGGCUUGCAAACUGGAGCGAGGUUGCUGAACAUGUUGGAACGAAAAGCAAAGCACAUUGCAUUGAGCAUUAUAAUACCAUAUACAUGAAUUCACCUUGCUUUCCACUUCCGGACAUGUCUCAUGUUAUGGGAAAGAAUAGAGAAGAACUCCUCGCAAUGGCCAGAGGUCAUGGUGAAGCUGCAAAAGGGCUUCCAACUGGAGGGGAAGUUUCCGUUAAAGAGGAGUCUCCAUUUUCUGCGAGAAUCAAGGUUGAAGAUGUAAGAAAAGAAGGUUCAGCAGUUCGGUCGUCAUCUGCCUUGGCUUCUGAUGUAAGUCCUGUUGGAGGUUCUAGCACUCUAAAUGCAUCAGCAGGGGCUGGUAAGAGAACAUCAAGCGUUAUUCAAAAUGAUAAAGGUGGCGAUGGAAUUAAGAUAGAAGAAACUCAUGUAGACAGAAGCUUUGGAGAGAAAAAGUUGAGGACAUCAGGGGAAGAGGGACCUUCAAUGACAGAGUUGAGUGGUUAUAAUUUCAAGAGGCAAGAAUUUGAAGUUGAAUACGACAAUGACGCUGAACAGUUACUGGCAGACAUGGAAUUUAAGGAGACUGAUACUGAUGCUGAGCGUGAACUUAAACUGCGAGUCUUGCAUAUAUACUCUAAAAGGCUAGAUGAGAGGAAACGCAGGAAAGACUUCAUUCUGGAAAGAAAUCUACUUUAUGCUGAUCCGUUUGAGCAGGGUCUUUCACCUGAAGAGAAAGAAAUAUGUCGUCGCUAUAGGGUGUUUAUGCGUUUUCAUACAAAAGAGGAGCAUGAGGAAUUGCUGAAAACUGUUAUUGAAGAACACCGCAUUCGAAGAAGGAUCGAGGAUUUGCAGGAAGCUCGAGCUGCUGGUUGUAGGACAUCCGCAGAUGCCGAAAGAUACAUUGAACAGAAGAGAAAAAGAGAAGCUGAGGAAAGUGCACGCAGGGUGAAGGAUAAUGUACAGCCUGGGCCUAGUGGCAAGUUCUUGCAAAGAGCAAAUCAUCUGAAAGGGGAUCUUGAUAGCCCACAUGGUGGUAUUAGAGGGCUCACUGGUCUUGAUUCCUCAGGCAAAGAUACAUCAUCCGCACCUGGAGGGUUAGCUAUUGCCAAUUUGGAUGAUUGGGAUGUCAGCGGACAUUUGGGUGCUGAUUUACUCUCUGAAGCCGAAAAACGCUUGUGCACAGAGAUCAGGGUGCUUCCUGCUCAUUAUCUAAACAUGUUAGAAAAACUGUCCAUAGAGGUCCUGAAUGGUCACAUAGCUCAAAAGUCUGAUGCGCAUCGUCUAUUUAAUGUUGAUCCAAACAAGGUUGAUAGAGUAUAUGACAUGCUUCUGAAGAAGGGAAUUGGUCAAUCAUGAGAUCAGCUUGGCUUCUCUUAUUUCUGGGUGUGGGCUUUAAUUGUUGUGUAAUCCUAUAGGUUAAUGUUAACUGCAGCUCAGAAGGGCUCUCAACCCAUAAGGUAUUAGUUAGUUCUCACAUAUGUGGUAUUGUAUGUUGUGACAUCAAUACAAAGUGUCAUGGCCUCAUAUUUUGACUAAUCGAAUAUUUAGCUGAGCUCAAUACAUAGAGGACACUGUUGUUAAAGGUUA